AUGAGUCUAUAUAAUAAGGUGAAUCAACCUUGUUCAUCGCGUCUGCCUGAAAUUAAAAAAGAAGAAAUUUCAGAAGAAAAAAUUGGUCACAAGCGAUGUAGCAAGGAGAAAUUGAGUAGGGGGUCAGUUAGUAGUGAUGAAACUGAUGGGAAGAUUGAAUCAGAAAAUAUUGCUACAAUAGUGGCGAAAAAAGAAAAAUCUGCUCAAGCAGGGAAAGGUAAAAAGGUGGGAAAUCGAAGAAAAAGAAUAAGAAAAAGUGAUAAAUUUAUUAGUAAAGUAUCUAUCGCUAGUGAUAGUAGGUAUUAG